ACUAGCGCUCAUUCAAUAAAGGUCAAACUUGAAAUUUACAAUUUGUAAUUUAGUUUAAAAUUGUCCGCUUUUGGCGCCAUUGAUAAAUUAAUCGACUUCAACGAAUCGUUACGAGUGGAUCGAUUCCACACAGUCGAUGUCGAUUCUUUUAAUGAACUGUUUGUGAGUUUUGAGGUUAGGAGUCACAAUUUUUGCAUUUCAUCAUUUUCAUUCUUUCAAUUGAAUUGGUUUUUCUUAAUUUGAAAAUAAUUUGAUUCCUAUUGAGCUGUUCAUAUAGAUUGUAAAAAAUGUCUCUGGGUGUUGCAAGUCAUGAAAAUUUUUUAGCUUUCAAGCAAACAUGCUCCGAUAAAGAUUUGGCUGGGGAAUGGGCUCAAAUCGAAGAACUCUACAAUAAGAAAUUAUGGCAUCAACUGACCAUAAAACUCAGAACAUUUGUCAAACAUCCCAGCCUCCAACAUGGCGAUGAACUCCUGCAACUUUAUCAGAAUUUCAUAGAGCAGUUUGAAACUAAGAUCAAUCCCUUGGCUCUAGUAGAGAUUAUUGCAUUCAUCUUGCCAAAAUUUCCUGACCAAUCAGAAGCUAUAAAGUUUUUGGAAAAAACCGAAGUAAAAGUGAAGGAGAGUAACUGUGCUGUGGCACUAUGCAAAGUUCUCGAAGGACAGAUUUUGUUGGAUAAACUGAAGGAUCUUGAUGGAACAAAGAGAAUAAUUGAAGAGGUUGAGAAAAUCAUAGACGGAGAAGAUGGAGUAACUCCUGUCCAUGGCAGACACUAUUUCCUUGCUAGCCAAUACUAUCGGCAACUUGGAAAGCAUGCUGAUUAUUAUAAAACAGCUCUUCGCUAUCUCGGCUGUAUUGAUCUAUCUGAACUUGCUAUUGGAGAUCAAGCUCAACACGCCUUUUUCCUGGGUAUUGCAGCUCUUCUCGGAGAGGGUGUCUACAAUCUUGGAGAGUUGUUGGCUCACCCUAUCUUGGACUCGUUAAAAAAUACACCCAAUGAGUGGCUGGUUUCAUUGCUACUUGCUUUCAACUCUGGCAAUAUAGCACAAUUCGAGAAAAUGAGGCCUCAGUGGGAAACUAUUCCAGAUUUGAAGGCCCACAAUUUGAAGUUGAAGCAGAAAAUCUACCUGCUUUGUCUAAUGGAGAUGACGUUCAAGAGGCAGGCUAACGACAGACUGCUGACAUUCGGUGAGAUCUCUAAUGAAACGGGAUUGCCGUUGGAUGAGGUGGAGCUGCUGGUGAUGAAGGCUCUGGCCCAAGGCCUCGUCAAGGGCUCCAUCGACCAGGUGGCCGGCAACGUGCACAUGACCUGGGUGCAACCGCGAGUGCUCGACAACAAACAGAUUGCUUCAAUGGUUCAGCGACUCACCAUGUGGUGCAAAGAAGUAAAAUCGAUGGAAGCAUUACUUGAGGAAAGGAGUCAAGAAUUCCUUCUGGCAUAGUUUUUGAAACUUUUCAUUCAUAAUUUUGGUCACAUUUGUAUUAACACGAUCUUCAAUAAAUAACUUUUUUGUGUA